UUCUUCUCACCGCCAGUUUCCCGUGUGUCCUCGCACAAUCUCAUGCCUCCUCUCCUUAGCCUUCAAGGGCCUCUCCCCGUCGACAUCCUCGAUCUCACUCGACCAUCCACCGCAAAAUCUUACUUCCUCCACAUCCAGGCUUCCCGUCCACCCCCCUUACAAUCCCCAGAAGCUGCCCAUCAGCGCCGCGAGGGAAUUCUACGAAAGAGCGGUGUCGAUUCUGCUUGUCAAUAAUACUAGCGGAACUCGUCCAAAAUCCCCCAGUUGAAUUUCCUCCCUUUUACUGACUUCUGACGACAAUGACCCUCGAUUUCAAUGCCGCCGGGGGGGAUGCCUUGUUGGACUUGACCACUUUCGACCAGCGGGAGCGUUAUCCGUACACCACUACAGCACCCAGCACCAAUCCCGCUAUAUCGGCUACAGCAAUGGCUCCUACUCGUCCCUCGGCUGCCUGGUCGGUGCCUCUUGAUAUGGCAGCUCCCCAAAACCCGAACUCGAGCAAUGUACCGUCUCCUGUCGAGUCUCAGGCACAUUCGCAGUCGCCUUCGCAGCAGAGCGCGAGUCCUUUACAACACUCACCGUACCAAGGAGCUCCUCCGCAGACCCAUUCUCCACAGCUUUUGACGGACUGGACGCUACUACAGCACCAGCAGCAACACCCGCCCGUUCAGGAUAUUAGCCAUUUUAUGCAAGAGAACCAAGCAUUGAUACCCUUUAACUCAUAUAUGAAUUACCAGUCGAAUACCAUUGGUUAUCUGCCUUCGACUACCCAGGCAGCGCUGGAAUCCGCAAUCCCGAUAGAUCAGCAGGGUUUUAGUAACGUUUCGCCCAUCGACGAUUCUCGUACUAUGCAGCAGCAGUGGGAUGGCAUGGGAAUGGGAAAUUGGCAAGAUUUUGGUGCUUCGUUGCAAUUUCCAUCUGACGGACUUCCGCGAUUUGGAAGCUUGGGAAGCCAGUCUCCGACCGGGACUUAUUUAGAAGUAUUGUCACUCCCGGGAUCUAGCGACAACGGCUGGACUCAAGUCGAUAUGUACCAGAAUUACGAUUCCUACCAGCAGGCCCAAGCCCAGGCCCAGAAUACGGCCAUUUUCAAUCCCGGCCAAACAUUGCAUCUGAGAACAAAUUCGGACGCCUCCCACUCAGACGGAAGCGGUCAACGCACUGACUUCAGCAGCAGUAGUUUCGAGGAUAUCUCCUUCAAUUACUCUCCAUUUUCCCCGGAGUCUGAUACCUAUUCGGACCCCGCAAAUCACCGGAACUGUUUCCACGGAGAGAGCCAUCAUACUCACGAAAUGAUCAGCCCCGCUGCCGUGGUCGAGCCGGUGCCCAUUAAAUCUUCAACCUCGAACCGACCUAGCCCUGCCAGCGGUUCCGGUGUAGCGUCACCGACCCAUAAUAACCCUGCUCGCCGAAACUCGGGUCCUAAGAAGAACCCCAAUGCUGUCCAGAAGUCUACUAAGUCGGUUAUCAGGAGGACAUCCAAUGGAAAGAAGGACGGUACUGUUGAGAAGAAGGUGGGCCGACGGAAGGGUCCUCUUCUUCCUGAGCAGCGGAAACAGGCCAGCGAGAUCCGAAAGCUCCGAGCUUGCCUUCGAUGCAAAUUCCUUAAGAAGACUUGUGAUAAGGGUGAGCCUUGCGGUGGCUGCCAGCCGUCGCAUGCUCGAUUAUGGCAGGUUCCUUGCACUCGUAUUGACAUCAAGGACAUUGGAUACUUCAUGAAGGACUGGAAAGCGGACUACGAACGACAUCUCAGCCGCGGCGUUUCUGUGUACAAUGUGAAAGGCUUUGCUCCGAAGGAGACUCUAAUGUGGAUCACUCAUGGUUAUGGAUUUUGCCUGCCUGUGCCCGUUCGCGAGGUUUACGUCGCCGAUGAGAGCUGUUUCCAGGUUGACUGGGUCGAGUCGUAUCAAAUUGACCAGGAACCAAUUGAAUUUGAACUUAAGACCGAGAGACUUGACGUUGGCGAAGGCGGUAUCAGCUCGGAUGCUCUUGCUGAAUACCUAGACAAGCAUAUUGAGAACGGCUUUGAGAAUUUCAUUGAUGACCAUUUCGAAGGAACACCUUUUAUCACGGAAAUUCUCAAGACCGCUUACCGCUUCUACACCAAGGAGAAGUUGCCGGUUCUUCGUAAGGCUUUGAAACUCGUGCUGGCCUACAACCUGACCAUGCACAUCACAUUGGUUGAGCAGCAAGGCUCGGAGCAAACGAUGGAAGGUCAAAUUGACGACGAGGACUCCAAAUACUUCGGCAAAUACGUAGCCCCCGUUAUGAUUAACUUCCAAAUUAAGUGUGCGAUGGCGGAUAUGUGGCGUGAGUUGCAGAAGGAUAUCCUGGAGGAGCUCUCGGCUCUCUACUCCAGCGUGUAUAGCGGCGAUCGCUUGAAGAACUGGCCUACCAUCUUCAUGCUAGCUUCUAUACUUUUGGCUGUGUGGGAGGAGAUGCAAUUCGAUUGCCAUUACCGAGUACCUGACCCAGUGGCAGUUGAGAAGUUUUGCUCUGAUAUGGAGAGCACCCCGGUCGGUGUCAUUACUGGCCUGUUCCACGCUAUCUCGCAAAAGCUGCCCGCUUUGAUUGAUUGGGACACGGAGCGACAUGGUCACCUUCUAAACAACAAUGUGGCCGUAUGUGAAGCUAUGACCGAAGUGCGACAGCAUGUCCUGAAGCAUGAGUCUUACCUGAGGACAAGGAACACAUCGAAGUUCGAUAGAUACGACUUUGAUUCGUUAUCCAACAAAUUCUUGUCGAAGUUGGUUAUCAAGGCCAACUAGGCGUCUCAUUUACGUCCCGAUCUGGAUAUGGGAUGACGAUACUUACAAUUUAGAAAUGCCUGCACUGUGAAGCAAUGGCCAAAAAUGAAUUUUCUUGGAAUGUCUUUUUUUUUUCUUUUCCUUUGUUCAGAUUGACGGGAACAUUUAGCGAUGGCGUUGUUUGUGGAAAUGAUCUUUAUCAUGACCUAACAUUUACC